AUGGCCACCGACACGGGCGGCACAACAACCACCGCCUUCUCCAGCCCUCUCUCCUCGGCCCCGGGAUCUGCUCCCGCUUCGGCGCCUUCAUCACCGCUUUCCAGCCUCCCUAGCACACCCUCUCUUCCUGGCUCGCCCGUCAUGCACCAGCAGAGCCGCCAGCCGCAGAAGCGCCCGGACCCCUCGAGCCGCUACCCUUCGCCCACCUCGUCGGCGCCCUCGGGCACCCAGUCCCCCGUCAAGCUCGGCGAGCCCAUGGACGACAGCCCGCGCCCGGCCAAACGGCGCAGGGUCACGCCUCCCAAGGAGCGCACCACAAUGUAUCUGGACCUCAUGAAGCCCAAUGAGGACUUUUCCCACGAAGACAACUUCCAACUGCAACGUCUGCUCUCCGCCCUUCGCAAGAAGAAGAAGGUGGUCGUCAUUGCUGGCGCCGGCAUCUCCGUCUCUGCGGGCGUCCCCGACUUUCGCUCGUCGACGGGCCUCUUCGCUACGGCCCGCAGUCAGCACAAGCUCAAGGCCUCGGGCAAGCACCUUUUCGACGCCUCCGUCUACAAGCACGACUCCUCCACCCAAUCCUUUCACACCAUGGUCCGCGAGAUGGCCGGCAUGGUCAAGGACGCCAAGCCCACGCCCUUUCACCAUUUGCUUGCCUCCCUCGCCAAGGAGGGCCGUCUGCUCCGCCUCUACUCGCAAAACAUUGACUGCAUUGACACCUCCAUGCCGCCGCUCCACACGAGCGUGCCUCUCGAGCCCAAAGGCCCUUGGCCCAAGACGGUUCAGCUGCACGGUGGCCUCGAGAAGAUGGUGUGCACAAAGUGUGGCGACCUGAAGCCCUUCAACGGCGACCUGUUCAACGGGCCCGAGGCGCCCCUCUGCGGCAUGUGCAAGGAGCAGGACGAGGUGCGCACCGCCUACGCCGGAAAGCGCAGCCACGGAAUCGGCCGGUUACGGCCAAGGUUUGUUCUCUACAACGAGUUCAACCCGGACGAGGAGGCCAUUGGCAAUGUCGCCAGGGCCGACCUCAAGGCCCGCCCCGACGCCGUCAUUGUUGUCGGCACUACGCUCAAGGUCCCCGGCACCCGGCGGCUCGUCAAAGAAAUGUGCCAAGUCGCUCGCGGCCGCAAGGAUGGCUUCACCGCGUGGGUCAACAUCGACUCGGAGCCCAAGGGCGUUGAGUUUAAAGACUGCUGGGACAUGGUCGUGCGCUCUAAAUGCGAUGACGUGGCACGCCUCGCCAGCCUACCGCCCUACGACUGCGAAAUCGGCGACAACUUUGAGAUUUCUCCGGAGCAGUACGCCGAGAAGAUUGGGGCUCUGCGCAAGAACAGCAUCGAAGUCGGCAUCCCCAGCAGUCCAACCAAGACGGCCAUCGAGGUGCAUAUCGAGGCCAAGCCGAAGCAGGUCGAGGACAUGCAGGCCAUGCCGACACCGUGCCCGAGCCCGCCCGUCUCGGCCAGCAAAGGGCCGUCGAAGGCGAAGCAGACCAAGAUUGUCUUCACCAAGCCGACCCCCGGCAAGGCCGCAACCGCCAAGGACCCCAGCGGCAAGGCGGCCAAGCCUCGCGCUCGCAAGCCCAAGCAGCCGGCCAAGGGCAAGGCGCCACCCAAGAACACCAUCAUGGAGAAGCUUAAGACGAGCAAGGCAACCAUCGUCGACACGACCACGACCAAGAAGAUUGUGCCGGACGCCUCCGUGCCCUCGCAGGGGCCACCGCAGGCCGCGCCUCAGGCGCCCUUGGGAAACGUGGCCAUCAAGGGCGAGGCCGAGAUCGUCUGUGCACUGCCCGCCCUGCGCCCGGAGCUGUCGCAGCGGCGGAGCUCGUCAGACAGCUAUUUCAAGUGCGAAGACGGCGAGGCGCAGUUGGCGGACUCCAGUUCUGCUCCUCCUUCGACCCCAGUCAUGGCAGAAGAACCGUUUUCGCGGGAGACUGUCUCUCCCAAAAGCAUCCCGCAGAACAUGCGGCACCUAAUUGAUGUAUAA